UUUUUGUGCUGUGUUCGAAUCACAAAGUGCUCAUUAUUUUACUUAGCCUUUCGGCAAUCGCAUCAUUUCGACGGGCAACAUGAAAAUCAAUCUAAAUUAAAGUUUUUAUAAAUUUUUCGUAAAAUUUUUCUUUUGGCUUUUAAUAUUCUCGAUGAUGCAAUCCUUUAAAAAGAACCUUUCCCAACUGCCGUUGGCAAUGAUGCAGCUUUUCCAGCAGCCGCAACAUAUCGGUCUUCUGUCCGUCACGAGUUGUCCGAACGUCGUAAAGCACAAGCGAUGCAUGGAUACAUUGUAUGGUGUGGAGUCAUGCGAGGAUUGUGCCGAUGCUUAUCAGAUAUCGGGACCCCGUGAGGAUUUGCAGAAAAUGAAGGAGCCGGAUCCAUUCAAGAGCAAGGAUCCAUGCUGGCAAUCCUUGCGACGUACGGAGUACAAGUGUCGGACAGACCCAGAAUUUUUAUUAGAUUCGUUCAUCGAUGCAAGAAAGAAAUGUCUUUCGAAUCCCUGUGCCUGGGACGUACCACGUGCCGACUUGACCCACUAUCGACCCUCUGAUAAACUGAAACGCAGAUAUCAGCGAACUUGGAUCAAGUGUGUGGUUAAGCGACGCAAGGUCAAAAUGCAGUGCGAUUGCAAGCCUGUGGUACUUCCGCGUCGGAAGUUCAAGAAACUUGAGGCACUACCUGGCAAGACAAAUAAUGAAUGCAUUGGUGGUGGUCCAGACUUGGGCCUGGCCCUGUGUGUGAAACCCAAAAAAGCGGACUCACCAUGUCCCCGUCUGAGUGCUAAGGGCUGUAAGCCAUCUAGGUUUCCCCCAUCCUGCAAAGAAGGCGGUCGAAAACCGUCAGGAUGCCGCAAGCGCUUAACUAAAUAUCCAGCCUUCUCGGAGUGUCUAAUUGAUCCAUUACCCGAUGCACCGCCCGUUGAAUGCAGUUGCCUAAAGACCCCCAUGAUGUGUCAAGUAUGGGAGUAUUACCGUAAUAGAAAAUCUUAAUUAUCAACAAAAAAAACCCACUUUUUAAAUAUUUGAUUGCUGAAAUUAAAAGAGCCACGAUAUAAGUUAUCGAUCCUUUAUAGAUCAACAUUAGCAGAGCUAAAGAUGGUGGAGGGAUAAAAGAAGUCCAGAAAGCCCCACUCGAGUUUCACAUCAGGUUGCCAUAUACCACUUUUCUAAUAAUUUAAAAAAAACGCGGACUAUUUUGCACAACAAUAAUUACUUUUAUAUAAAAAAUGUUGAUGAAUUAA